UGAAUGAUCAUUCAUCUGGUAUAUGUGUAAGCGACAGCUAUUUAACCAAAUGUGGCAAAGGAAGUGACAAGUUUCUUCCUCUUCCGAACAUGAAACUAGCCACUGAUCCUCAAGAAAGGGCUCUUGCAGAUGAAGUGACAUGUGACUUAGCUUGCCUAGCUGAGUGUAAUUGCAAGGCCUAUGCGUAUGAUGGGAACAAGUGCUUGAUUUGGGAAGGAUAUAUCUUCAAUCUGCAACAACUUGAUGCAAGUAACAGCGAGGGAAGGACGUUUUAUGUCAGACGUACUCCUAAUUACAUCUCACAAGAAGCUUUAAACAAGGAUAAGAUUUCUGCAAUCGUGAUUUCGAGGAAUAGAUCAAGAUCAAAACAUCGUAAAGUCAGAAACAUCGUGCUAGCCGUUUUACUACCAUCAGUAGCAGCAGCUGCGAUUUUCAUUAUUUUGUUGUAUUGGUACUGUUCAUCGCCACAGAGAAGCAAAAGAGUACACCAAGACAAAAAACAGAGCAAUGAGAUACUUGAAGAAGGAAUAAUUGAUGAUGGAGAGCAUAUGUUUAACCUUAAUUUAUAUGACAUAAUGGCUGCAACAAACGCUUUUUCUGAGGAAAACAAGUUAGGAGAAGGUAGUUUUGGUCCGGUCUACAAGGGAAGUCUACCAAAUGGCACUGAUGUUGCGAUCAAAAGGUUGUCAAAAAAGUCAAGUCAGGAUUUGAUAGAGUUCAGGAACGAAGUUGUUAUGAUCAUAAAACUUCAACACAAGAACCUUGUGAGGCUUUUAGGAUAUUGCGUGGAAGGAGACGAGAAACUCCUUAUCUAUGAGUACAUGUCCAAUACUAGCCUUGAUGCUUUAUUCUUUGAUCCACUUAAAAGCAAAGAAUUAGAUUGGGAGAAACGUAUGAAAAUAGUAAUUGGGACGACAGUAAUUGGGACGACAAAAGGACUUCAAUAUCUGCAUGAAGACUCGCGUCUCAAGAUCAUCCAUCGAGAUCUUAAGGCAAGCAACAUUCUUCUUGACGAUGAGAUGAAUCCCAAGAUUUCGGAUUUUGGGACGGCAAGGAUCUUUGGUUGCAAACAGAUCGAUGACAGCACAGAAAGAAUUGUCGGAACAUUGUAAGCAUAAAGUAUAUAUACAUAUUUCAAUCUAAAUACUUUUGGCUGUUUCAAACGCUAAAAAUUUUCUGUUUAUGCAUGCAUUUACAUGUUAAAAUGCCGUAUCUACAUUCAAAAUAUAUCAUUUUUAUCUUUGUUUUAUCAAACAUCAUUUGCAAUUGUAAGCAUG